AUGGCGACGGCUUCGUUCAGGUGGAUUUUGCAGCUACACAGAGACGUACCGAAAGCGGCUCGUUUCUACGAGCAAGGUCUCGAUUUCUCCGUCAAUGUCGUCACUUUACGUUGGGCUGAACUCCAGUCUGGUCCUCUGAAGCUAGCUCUCAUGCAAUCCCCUAGUGACCAUAUGGUGAGCGAGAAAGGAUACUCUUCGCUACUAUCGUUCACGGUGACGGACAUCAAUACAAAAAUCUCAAAACUUAUGGAAUUAGGAGCAGAACUCGAUGGCUCCAUCAAAUACGAAGUCCAUGGCAAGGUUGCAUCCUUGAGAUGUCUCGACGGUCAUGUCCUCGGCCUCUAUGAACCUUCCUAG